GUUUAUGAGUCCAUUUAUAAUUUUGCAUUUUAGUUAAAGUCGUAGAAAAUUAUCAAAACAGUCUUUACAUAUUUCAAAAAUGUUUUUCAAACUGUGCCUAAUCUUUUUCGUUUUUUGUGUUUUUUUAAAUAAAGAUAUUUUCAUUUCUGCCGAAAACAGUGUUUGUUCAGAGCCGUUAAAAGCUGGUAAUUGCAGAGCUGCGUUGUAUCGUUACGGUUACGACAAAACCAAAAAUCAAUGUAUUCUAUUUAUUUUCGGCGGUUGUGAAGCUAAUGGAAACAAUUUUCAUACGUUAAAAGACUGCUUGGAAGCUUGUAAGCCAAGCUGUCUACAACCGUUAAAAACUGGUAGAUGCAGAGCUGGUAUCCCUCGAUUUGGAUUUAGUUCCGAGGAAAAUAAAUGUGUGCAAUUUAUUUAUGGAGGUUGCGAUGCAAAUGAAAAUAAUUUCCCAACUCUAGAAGAAUGUCAGACUCAAUGCGAAGUUAAAGAAGAUCAACCAAAAUUAAUUUACGACCAUAAUUAGAAUAGAGCCAGAAAAAUAUAACUCUGGAAAAAUUUUUUUCUUGCAGAAAAAAUUUUGUAAUAUUAAUAAAAAAAUGCCAAAAUAAAAAA